CUUACCAACCCAGCACAAACACAUAUCAUCCAGCCUCGUCCCCCAUUUUGGAGCUUAAGCAUCGACCUUGACUUCCAAACUUACCUCGCACCAACUUCAAUUUCCAAACCGUACAUACAUAUACACAGACAGACACAAUGGCUUUCCGCUUCGCCGCAAGAAGACUCGCUCUCACCCGCCCCGCCGUGCCGGCGCGGGCCUUCCACUCGACGCCCGCCGCCUUCGUCAAGGUCGGCGACGCCGUGCCCGAGGUCGACCUCGUCGAGAACUCGCCCGGCAACAAGGUCAACCUCGCCGAGGAGUUUGGCAAGGUCACCAACGGCCUCAUCAUCGGCGUGCCCGCCGCCUUCUCGCCCGCGUGCUCCGCGAGCCACAUCCCUUCGUACAUCAACCACCCGAAGCUCAAGGAGGCUGGCUCCGUCUUUGUCGUAUCCGUCAACGACCCCUUUGUCAUGAAGGCCUGGGGUGACCAACUGGACCCUGCCGCCCAGACUGGAAUCCGAUUCCUGGGAGACCCGUCCGGCGAGUUCACUAGAGCCUUUGACGUCGACUUUGACAGCAAGGCCAUCUUUGGCAACGACCGCAGCAAGCGCUAUACCCUCGUGAUCGAGAACGGCAAGGUCAAGGAGGCCCACGUCGAGCCCGAUAACAUUGGCACUGCUGUUUCCCUGGCCGACAAGGUCUUGGGUUGAGAAGAUGUGGACCCGGAGUUGCGAUGUUGCGAAGAUUUACGAGAAGAAGAACCUCGAAGGCCACUUGGAAUAGGUAGAUGCGAGUUGAAAGAAGAUGCAAUGUGUAUCGCGAAUACCAGAUUGAAUUCAAAGACAAAUCUAGGAAACGUGUCUCCGAAUCCCAACCCCUGAUGACAGCACCAAGAAGAAAUGGUGUCUCGUGUACCGGCCUCGGGGACCCACAAAGAACUCGAACGUUACCUUGGCCUACUUAGAAAGCCAUCGGAUCAUACACAAUGCGAAUAGGUACCCGAAGUGAUUGACCAGGACGAGACUAUCACAU